UACAUUCCGAUUUUGAAAACAGGAAUGAGGUAACAAACAGCCAUCUUCACCAAACUCGUUCCCAAAGCCGACGCCGCUCCUCCUCUCUCUCUCUCUCUCUCUCUCUCUCUUAAUUCCAAAGCUUCUCUCUCUCUCUAAAUUCCAAAUUUCCAGUUCUCUCAUCUUUCCGCUUCCGAAUUCUCCUCUUCGACACUACCCACCUCCCUCUCUUUCUCUCUCAACUUUUGGAGCUUUUCACUCUGCAAAUUUUAAUGGCGACAGGCGAUCCAAUGAGGGGCAUCUCCUGUGGCUGCUCCCCUUCUUCGUCCUCUGCCUCAGAGGGAGAAGACGAAGGAACUGAGGAAUAUAGGAAGGGAGGCUAUCACGACAUUAGACCUGCUGAUCGCUUUAAGAGUGCUCGUUAUAUUGUACAGAGAAAGCUUGGAUGGGGCCAUUUCUCCACCGUUUGGCUCGCCUAUGAUGCACUUCACUCUAGAUAUGUGGCCCUGAAGGUCCAGAAAAGCGCCCAAAAUUUUGCUCAGGCCGCCCUCCAUGAGAUUGAAAUUCUCACCGCUGUAAGCAAUGGGGACCCUGAUAACGAAGAAUCAAUCGUCCACCUUCUUGACCACUUCAAACACUCGGGUCCCAAUGGCCAGCACAUAUGCAUGGUUUUUGAGUUCUUGGGCGAUAGUCUUCUAUCACUCAUCAGGUACAAUCGUUACAAAGGACUGGAACUAUAUAAAGUUGGACAAAUUUGCCACGGAAUCCUUCUAGGCCUUGAUUAUCUCCAUAGAGUUUUAGGCAUAAUUCACGCGGACUUAAAACCAGAGAAUGUCUUAUUACUAUCUACCAUUGAUCCUGCAAAAGACCCCAUUCGAUCAGGGUCUCCUCCAAUCCUCGAGAAGCCUGAAACGGUUGUCAAUAAUGGGAAUAUCACCUUUAUCGAGAAGAAAUUGAAGCAAAAGGCAAAGAGAGCAGUUGCUAAGAUAUCAGAGAGGAGGGGUAUUAUGGGGAAUUCAGAGAGUUCACGAAAGAGGGAAAGGAGCUUGGAGGGCAUUGAUUUGAGGUGCAAGAUUGUUGAUUUGGGAAAUGCUUGUUGGGCUGAUAAGCAACUUACAGAGGAUAUACAGACGAGGCAGUAUAGGGCGCCUGAGGUUUUAUUGGGCUCUGGUUAUUUGGCCUCUGUAGACAUGUGGUCAUUUGCUUGCAUCGCUUUUGAGUUAGCAACUGGGGAUAUGCUCUUUGCGCCAAAUAGUGGUCAAGGAUACGACGUCGAUGAGGACCACCUGGCUCUGAUGAUGGAACUCCUCGGAAAAAUCCCUCGAAAGAUAGCCCUUGGGGGUUCUAGAUCCAAGGAUCUCUUCGAUAGGCAUGGUGACCUAAAGAGGAUUAGGAGAUUGAAAUUUUGGCCAUUGGAUCGUCUCCUUGUUGAGAAAUAUGCUUUCUCAGAGAUCGAUGCAAAAGAGUUCGCUGAGUUCUUGUUGCCGUUCCUUGACUUUGCACCAGAGAAGAGGCCAACAGCUGAGCAUUGCCUAAAGCACCCAUGGAUUUUGGGCAAGAAUUCAGGAGUAGGUGGUGAGAAGCAGCAGCCAGGAUUGGAGAAGGUGGCGUGUGGGAUGAGUAAAUUGCAGAUCAAGGGUGGCCAACUCAAGGGUUGAUUUUGCAUGCUAGCUUUUCAAGCUAACAGGUUGUUAUAACCUCCCAUUUGGGUUUUGUUGUUAUUUUCUAUAUUCUUCUCAUCAUUUGCCUUUCUGUUAUUCUUUUGCCUUUGUGAUGAGUUUUGGCAGUAAAGUUCUCAUAAGAUUCUUUUGAUUGA